AUGGAUUCUGAACUGUGUGAAAAUUUUGAUAUAGUAAUUGAAAAUUAUCCCGAUGAAUUAAAAAAUUCUGAAGAAUAUGAUAUUCAUGGUAUACAUGGUAUUGAGGAAUACUGCCUUGAUGAAGAAUCAAGGGAAAAAAAAUGUAAGACUGAGCUCAGUAAUAUAAAUGCUACAUGCUUAUGGUUGCUCAAUAAAAAUAUUGCUAAUAGGAUUGAUGAUUUAAGUAAUGAACAGGCUAAAUCGGUUAUUAUAUACAUUAUGAUAUGGUUAAAUUAUAUGUUAAACCUAAAGAAUGAUGGGAAAAUCAACCUAAAUAAUUUUUAUACUAUUAUAGAAAAAAAUGCGAAUUAUACUAAUUGUACAAAUGGUGAUAAUGAUUGUAGUAAUAAAUUAAAAGGAAAAACGGGAUAUAAUAAUUUUAAGGAUGUCAUAGUUAAAAAUAUGGAUUUUUCGAAUAUUAAUUUUGAAGAUAUAUCUAAAUUUUAUGAUGCAUUUAAAUUAUUAUGUAAAAUGCAUACUGAAUCUAAUGAUGGCAAUAUAGAAUGCAACCAAUAUUUGGAAUAUGUAAAUAACAUUGUUGACAAAUUUAAAAAACUUAAUGACGAUUCUAGCAUUAGUGGAGACAGUUCAUAUAGUAAAGUAUGGUAUACUUUAUCAACUGAUUAUGAUAGUUUUAAAAAGAAAUGUGAUAGUUUUCCAUCCUUUCCAUCGAUAAAAAUAACACAACAUCAAAUAAAAAGUUCUGAACAUGGUUCCGUACAAAGUUCUGAUGUUACAUCAUCAAGCUUGUCGAUAGUAAAAAAAUUAAUUCUAGCUUUAUCAAUAUUCAGUGCAACAACAAUAUUUUUGGGAAUUUUUUUUAAGUGUUCGUUAUUUAUAUUACGGAAACGAUCUCAAAAACAACAUUUAAGAGAAAAGCUAAAAAAUAUAAAGAAGAGAAUGAAUCAUUAA